AUGUCGUGCCAGAACCCUCGCCGCCGGUCCCCUGUGACCCGCGUCGGCGACGCUUCCAGCAAUGGCCUCACCAGCCUUAAGACCAACAUGACCCUGCGCAAGGGUGCCACCUUCCACUCGCCCACCUCUCUCGACUCUUCAUCCAUCGACGCCUUCAUCCCCCCAGCUCUUGGUCGGUCGCAGACCAACCUUGAAGACGUUGUCGGCGCUCACGUCCGCCGCAUGGAGAUGAUCGUCAGCGGUAUCGAGACAUCACUCAAUCUGAAUGAUACCCCAAGGCCCGCCUCUAAGCCUUCGCGUGACGAGUGCCUGCCUCGCACAAACGGCUUCCUCGGCCGCCCUACUGUCGACCCCGCCAUGGCAAAAGACACCAAGACCAGCGGGGAGCGCCGCGUCCUGCGCCCAAGACAUCGUCGCUCAUCGGAGCAGCACGCUUCGGACAGCGGUCUCGGCACCUCUCUGGCCUCUUCCGUCGAGAAGCAAGCCCCCAGCAUCACCUCCAAGACCAGCAAGGCAUCCGCCAUUACGCGCUCGGCUGCCGCUCCGUCCAACACCAUGACCAAGGUCUCUGGUCUGAGCUCCAAGGCGGUCAGCCGUGUUCACGAACACGUUCUUCGCCCCCUUCGUGCCAAGCCCGAGCUGAAGGACUUUGAGCCCAUCGUCCUGGACAUUCCCAGGCGCAUUCGUGACAAGGAAAUCAUCUGCCUCAGGGAUCUUGAGAAGACUUUGAUCUUCAUGGCACCGGUAAGUCAACUCUUGUAUCAACGCAGCAUUUGGGGAGAUACUUAUCGGUCGUUGAUGAAGGAGAGGGCCAAGACCGCCGCCUUGUACCUCGAUUUCUGCCUGACGUCCAUUCGAUGCAUUCAAGCCACCGUCGAAUAUCUCAGCGACCGCGAACAAAUUCGACCGGCCGACCGACCAUACACUAACGGAUACUUCAUCGAUCUCGUCGAACAGAUUCGCCAAUACGCCGGACAACUUGCCACUGCCAAGGAAGCCGGAGUGGAGGGGCGUGAGAUGGACGUCGACCCCACCGACGAGGUCAAGCUGUUCGGUGGCAUCUCGCAGAACGGCCGCCCCGCCGAGCUUGUCCGCGUCAGGAAGGACGGUCAAGCCAUCUCCAUGGCUACUGGCCUCCCCGUUGACAUGGAUGAGGACGGCAAGGAUUUCCCCAGACUGAAGCGCUCCCUGAGCCAGCAGCUGGCGGACGACGAGGAGAUCAUGCGGUCCAUGGCUCGCAGGAAGAAGAACGCUACGCCGGAGGAGCUCGCUCCCAAGAAAUGCCGUGAGCCUGGCUGCAACAAGGAGUUCAAGCGUCCCUGUGACCUGACCAAGCACGAGAAGACGCAUUCUCGUCCCUGGAAGUGCCCCGUCAAGACCUGCAAGUACCACGAGUACGGCUGGCCCACCGAGAAGGAGAUGGACCGCCAUCACAACGACAAGCACUCCUCAGCGCCCCCCAUGCACGAGUGCCUGUUUCAAGCCUUGCCCUUACAAGUCGAAGCGCGAGUCAACUGCAAGCAGCACAUGGAGAAGGCCCACGGAUGGCAGUACGUCCGCACCAAGACCAACGCGGCAGAAGCGCCAGCGUUGCUGGAAAGCUCGGGCACAGCCGACCCCUCAGCUCGGCAACAUGGCAACGCCCUCGAGCAGCCACAGCAUUGCUACGCCGCCCGAGGAGAGUACCAGCCUCUUCCCGACUUUCAACCACGACGACUUCCCUCACUACGUCCCGGCCGAGGAGUUUGCUGA